CUUGUCUAUACUAUGUUAUUUCAUAUCAAUCCCUUAGUUUCCAGUAUCCUGUGCAAGUAUCUCUCUCUCCAUUUUCCAAUCAAUUUCUUCACUUUGAUCUCACUCUCACUCAAUUUACACCUCAAAGCAAAAAAGCAUGGCUGAUGCAAUGGUUUCUGGACUUCUUGAUCAGUUGGCUUCAAUUAUUCGCGAAAAGGUUGAAGAAAAGAUGAGACUGGUAAUGGGAGUUGAGACUGAAGUUGAAAACCUCCAAAACAAUCUCCAAGCCAUUAGAGAUGUGCUAGUCGAUGCAGAAAAGAGACAACUGAAAGAGGAAAAUGUAAAACGCUGGUUAGAUGAUCUCAAAGGCGUAACUUACAACAUCGAUGAUGUAUUGGAUGAGUGGAGCAUCCUCAUUCUUCAACCAAAUAUCAAUGAGAAAGAUGAAAAUGGAGUUCAAACUGUUGUAGUUACUAAAAAGAAGGAAUGUUUAUCCUUCCUCUUCCCCUGUUUUCCUUCUAAACAAGUUAAUCAGACGGGUCUCCGUCUUGAAAUUGCCACUAAGAUAAAAGACUUGAAUGGAAAACUCGAUAACAUAGCCACAACAAGGGAUAGGUACAAAUUUGACAUUAUGAGAGCAACUGAUGAACCUAGCCGACCAAUCACUACCGCCAUGAUUAAUCUAUUUGAGGUAACAGGACGCAAUGAAGAUAAGGAAAAUCUCAUAAACAAGUUGCUUUACGAGAGCAGCCGAGAAAGGAGAGACCACCUCAUCGUUUCCAUUGUAGGUAUGGGAGGAAUUGGGAAGACCACUCUUGCCCAAUUAGCUUUCAAUGAGAUCAAGAGUAAAUUUGAUAAUGGAAUAUGGGUGUGUGUUUCAGAUCCUUUUGAUGAGACCAAGAUCGCUAAAGCAAUAAUUGAGCAACUCAUGGGUGAAGAAACCAGAUUAGUUGAGCUGGAAGCAUUGAUGCAGAAACUUCUCGAGUCAAUUAAGGGUAAGAAGUUUCUUCUCGUACUGGAUGAUGUAUGGACUUAUGACCAUCGAAAAUGGGAACCGCUAAAAGCAACUCUACGACAUGGUGCAUUUGGCAGUCGAAUUUUGGUGACCACACAAAAGAAAGAUGUUGCUUUGAGGAUUGGAGAAGGUGCUCAUAUGAUUCAGUUGAAAAGACUGACCGAAGAGGACUGCUGGAGGUUAUUUAAUCGAGUAGCAUUUUUGGGCAAGGAAAAGACAGAUGAAGAAAAUUUUAAAGAAAUUGGUAGGAAAAUUGCAGCCAAGUGUGAUGGACUACCACUUGCUGCAAAGACUUUAGGAAGUCACAUGUACUUCAAAACUACCAAAAAAGAGUGGGAGGAUGUAUUGGAGAGUGAGCUAUGGGACUUGGAAGAUACUAACAUGAAGCUUUUCUCACCAUUGCUGUUGAGUUAUUACGACUUGCCUUCUGUGGUGAAACGCUGUUUCUCAUAUUGUGCUGUCUUUCCUAAAGAUGCUUUGAUUGAUAGAGAUGAUUUGAUCCAACAAUGGAUGUCGCAAGGCUAUUUUAAUUCAAAGAAAAACAUGGAGAAGGAAGCAGCCGGACUAGGGUGCUUCAACAGCUUGGUAAUGCGGUCCUUUUUCCAAGAUUUUGAAGAAGACAUGGAAAGGAAUAUUUUACAAUGUAAGAUGCAUGAUGUAGUGCAUAAUUUUGCUCAGUUUCUUACUAAGAAUGAGUAUUAUUCCAUAAGAGAGAUGGAAAAUGUCAACCAGAUACAUGGAGGAGACAUUCGCCACUUGACAAUGGCAACUUCCAGCACUACUAGUGCCGAGGUUCCUAUUUCAAUUUUGAAAGAGAGAUCUUUGCACACCCUUGUGGUUUCAGGAAUAGACGCAAUAGGCCAUGAUCAGUUUCUACAUAUGAAAUAUCUCAGAACUUUAAAUUUGACUGGCUGCAACACAGAACUUCCUGAGAUUAUAGGUGAAUUAGUACAUUUGCGAUAUCUCAAUUUAUCAAAUAACAGAAGAUUGAAGGAGUUACCUACUUCUGUGGGGAAGUUGUGGAACCUGCAAACCUUGAGACUUGUUCAUUGUCUUAAUAUCGAAAAAUUACCUGGGACAGUUGGACAACUGAUCAACUUGAGACAUCUUUAUGCUUCCUACAGUUAUAAUCUAAUGCAGUGGCCUAAAGAGAUUGGAAGGUUAAGUUGUCUUCAAACUUUGAAUGGAUUCCAAUGUUUUGGAGAUGAUGAUGCCAAAAAUGAUCACGAAACAAAUUUAGGAGCCUUAAGAAACUUGAACAAUCUUCAUCAACUUUACAUACGCGGAUUAGGUGAUGCAGCAAAUCAUGCGGAUGAAGCUAAACAAGCACAGCUCCAUAGCAAGAAAGGCCUCCUCCACCUAGCACUAUACUUUUCUAACAGAACAAGUACAAUGGAAAUCCAUGAGAAAGUGCUUCAAGAGUUAAACCCACAUCCCAACAUACAAAAUCUAACGAUCAAGCAAUAUGAGGGACUUGUUUUCCCCAGCUGGAUGAUCUCACUAAACAAUUUGAGAAGGUUGUCCCUGGCAUUUUGUAGCUGUGAGGUUUUGCCCCCUUUGGGAAAAUUACCGUGUCUUGAAUCACUAAAAAUGAUAGAUAUGAGCAAUGUAGUGAAGGUGGGACCUGAAUUCUUGGGAAUAGAAGCAGUUGAUCAUGACAACUAUUUGGAAUCAUCAAAUGUGGUUUCGUUUCCAAACUUAAAAGAACUCGAGUUUCAUUUCUUUGAUGAAUGGAAGGAAUGGGUUGGCACAAAUCCUGAAAGGUGGAAAUUUCAGAAUCCGACUGUAAUAAUAAUGCCACGGCUCCAGAUCUUAAACAUUAGCUACUGUGAUAACUUAGAAACAUUGCCAAACUUCCUGGCAAGAGUACCAUUGCAGAAUUUGAGCGUCAGAAUAUGUCCAAAACUCAAAAUGCGCCGCAGAAAGGAAUGGGCCAAGGUUUGUCAUAUUCCAAAUAUUGCAGUAGAUGACCUAAGAAUAGUUGUGGAUAGAAUUCGAGAAGGAUCAACUAGCUAAUUUCUUCCAGCUUUCUGGUUUCCUUAUAUAUAAUAUAAGUUUAUAUAACAAAUAUUAAGACCUGAAUAACAAGUCUUGUGUAAUGGAAGCAGGAACCGCAUCGGCCAAUAAUACCGCUAAUCCCAAAAGCCAUAAACUUAAGCUUAUGGUGGAAGAUGGACUAGAUGGACUUUCAUUUGAUUAUAUUUUUCUCUAACACUCCUCUCAAAUAUAGAUCCACUUUUUUUGGGUUUUUUUUUCUGGAUCCUUAUAUGUGUCAUAUUUAUUAUUUAUUUUAGAUGGAGUUGUUGAGUUUUGAA